CGUCCACACAUCUUCACUGAUUUGGUGUCGCGUUUAUUUCCUAGCACCCAACCCAAAUCGAUACUUAAUAAUAACUCGGGUCUUUGCGGGGAAGCUCGAUUCUGUUCGUUCCUUUCAGUUUCUUUACACUUGCUGGGCGGCUGUCUCGUUUUUUCUAUCUCGGUCUCUCUCUCUCUCUCUGUUAUACGGUUGAGAGCACCCAAUAAUCAGGUUCUCCGGAGAGUUUUGUCCAAGUCCUUUCGAGUUGUGUUUUGCUCCUCAGCAUUGCAUAAAUCUCAAAGGCAGACUUGAGACCAAGGUCAAGACAAAGUGAAAAAGACUUCCAUUGGCCACCAGAAACGGACCGGCCUGGAAAGACAUGCGCUCAUGUCCACCACAACAUACUCAGUAACCAUGACAGAGUUGAAGGAGCCGGCGCACACUAGCAUGUGGGCUCCGAACUACGGCAGUCCUGUUCACAUGGCCGCACCCAGCCGGUUCGGACACCACGGCGUCGACUCCAGCAGCAUGCCCAACCCCGCUGCUGCCGCCGCUGCUCACCUUCAGCACCAGCCUCCGCACCACCACCCCGCCGCGCGCCCGAGGAACCCCAGCGUCGACGGCCAUGGCUACCCGUAUGCCCGCUACUCGCAGGAGGAGGCGGACGCCUACGACAGGCAGCAGCACCACCAAACCCACCCGCACUCGGCACACCCGGCUCUGUCGACUCACCACAGCUUCCCUAACCUGAAGAGGCCAUACUCGCACACGGAGCAGCCUUACACAGAGAUGGUCCAGGAUCUCCGGGCGGACGACGGAUCGAAAAUGGGCGGCCACCAGGAUCAGAAACUCCUCUCCUUCAAGAAGGUGCAAGACAAGGUCACGGUUGUCGAUGCGCAUGGCCGCAUACAACAGUUGGAAAUGACUGCCCAGCUACAUGGCAUGUUCUUCCUCUCAGAGGGACCGACCAGCUCCCCUGACGGUACCAUCAUGCAGCCCGAGCUUACUUGCUACCGCCGAAACCUUUUCCAAAUCAGCGGUUCCCUCACCACCCCCAAGAGCCAGCUCUCUGUCGUUGUCGAGAACGGGGAGCCUGUGCCCGUCAGCAGCACUGAGGUUACCGUUUCUGCCAUUGAAUCAGUAGAUGGCCACCCUAUCCGCCUGAUCGUUAUUCCUUGGAAGACUCCUCCACCAAACUCGCCCGAGCAGAACCCGGGACCAGACUCGGAGCCUGCACCACUCCCGCUCAUCCCUUGCCAGGACGAUGGGCACCCGGAUUCGGACGCAGAAUUCGCUGUCUACCCGAUCGGUUGGAGGCGACUUCAGUUCAGGGUCGCAACGGCCAACAACGGAAGGAGAAAGGAGCUUCAGCAGCACUUCAUUCUGCACCUGAAGGUGAUGGGGACUCUCACAAACGGAGACAAGGUAGUCAUGGCUGAAGCCACAACAGCACCCAUUGUUGUUCGCGGCAGGAGUCCACGAAACUUCCAGACACGCAAGGAGAUUCCCCUCCUUGGUUCGAGUGCAGGAUCUCGAGGUCAGGCUCUUGUUGAGACGGGAGUUGGUAUGGUCACAGGAGCCAUGUCUAUCAAGGCGCAAGACAAGGCAAGGUCACUUAACUUGGAAAUACCACGGUCAGCUUUCACAUUCAGCGCCGGAGGGCCCAAGAUGCCACCCAGCCCGAUGACCAUGCGGUCCAACUCCUACCCCAACUCAUGGAACUCCCCCCAAGUCCAAUCAGCCCCCGGUGGCUACCCGGCGACGUCCAUGUCAGCCGACCCUUACUCUCAGAAGCUCCAGCUCAACACAUCAAACAGCUACAGCGCCGAGCCCGCUGAGCUGACACCGCAAACAUCGAUGCCUGCCAUGCAGAUGCCCCUUGCAGCACCAGCUCACCAGCAACCUCCGAUCCGAACCCAGUAUGCCUAUGUGCCCUCGGGAAGCGCACCACCUCCCCAGCUUUCGAUACAAACCACAUCGACAGACGGCCUGAGCGUGCCGCGAUACGUCGACAGCAACCCUAGGCCAACCAAGAGCCCGCGCCACGCUAGCCACCAGUCGGUGGGCUCCAUCACCAACACCGAGUCAUCGCCCGAGUACCGCUACGGACCUCCCGCGCCUUAUGGAAUGCACAGCGCCGGAACCGACAUCAGCCCACACUCGCAGCAGCCCCCUACCCCUUACGGUGCCGCACCGCCCGUGUCCUCCGGGCCAUCCAUGGCGCAGAGCACCUCGUCGGCGGGCGUCAACUCGGUCUACACUCCUACCACCGGACCUCCCAGCGCCAGCGCUCACGGCGAUUCAAACCCUCAAUCUUCCACGGCGAUGAACCCUCCGCCGAGGGACUACUUUCCUUCUUCAAGUUCGUGGACCACCACGGCCGGUGAGACGCCUUCCUCUACCUCCUACACCAACGGCAGCGAUGCUAGCCGGCCGUAUGUGUAUUCGGACUACAACAAGGUCGGCGGUCAGGCGCACUCGUCUGUCAAGAGCGAAACCCACACCCAGCCUCAGCCGUCCCCGCAACCUCAUUCUCAGUACGGAAACCCGCCUACCUCUGUGUAUCCUCCACCUUCACACAGGGGGUCUGUCGACGGCAUAAGCCACUACUCGUGGAACGCCACCAACUGAGCGAAAGAGAAAAACAACAAAACCUUUGAUCUUGAUCACAAAUGAUACCUUAAUCUUUUGCCUUGUCUGGCAAACUGUACAAUUACUCCCUUUCUUAUAUUUGACAUGCGCACUGCAUUCUGCUUGCCUUGCAUUGUUUGCGUACGCCCUUCGUUUUAACUCAUACUUGCCGAUAAUCUCGAGCUUGCGAUCGUCUCUACCUUUUUACACACAUACUAUUCUUUUUUUUUUCUUCUAGUAACUCAUGAUGGAUUGGAGUUUGGUCUUUUAAUUGUUUAUCACGCGCGUCAGUUGCCCCGGCACCGGAUUUCCUCUAUUACGUGCGAUUUCUCAUCUUGGCCUCUUUCUCUUCUUCUCGAACUAUAUAUUACGUUCCAAGCUCUGUACCAAAUGACGGCGUGAACGGAGGUGGUGAUUCUUUCUUUUUUCUGUUAUAGGGCUUUACACAGGGGGGAAAGGGGGGUUUGGUAACAUCAAACAAAGACACUUUUUUCAGUCGAUGAGGACAAAUGGAAAAGGUUCAACGAGAUGUUUCUUACUGUGCUUUCUACACGUUUUCCUUAUACCCAUGGGGGUUUGGGCCCUUCAAGAAUGGUGCUAGAUAGGUGUGCGGCCCUUGUGAAUUUGGAAGAAGGAUAUUUUGUAACCGUCUCUAUUAGGUAGAAAGGUGUUAUAAAACACUAGCCUUCAUACUUGGAAUCGCCCUCGUGAAGAUUGCUUAAUUCAUUUACGACUUGAAAGCUAUUUCCUCAUAGCUCAUUGCAAUUCGGUAGUGUUGAUGUCCAUCAGAACGGCUGAGAAGGUCAGCAAGACUAAG